AUGGAUGAAGAUAAUAGUAAAAGAAUGAGAGGCAGAACGCGUGGAAGAGCUCGUGGACGAGCACGAGGACGGAUCCGAGGUCGUGCUAAAAAAGCUGUUAAGGUAAUAGAAAGUGAUGAAGAAGACACUCCCCAAAUAACAGAGCAAACUCAAAAAGAAUCCGAAGAAGUAUACACCGAUAAGACUGAUUUUGACACUAAUCAAGAUCAGCUGCAAACACAACCAUCCUCUUUAGAGCAUCAGUUUGAUUUAGAGGCAGAUAUAUCACAAUUAGAAGCUCCCACUUUCACGACAAUUAAUCGUGGGCCUCCAGAACCUAUGCUGCGUUUGCGAUGGGAUCAUCGUGUCAACCUGAUUGGUGAAAAAGUUCUCAAUCCGAUGAUCCACUGUUGUGACAAAUGCCUUAAACCAAUUCUUAUUUACGGGCGAAUGAUACCAUGUAAACACGUAUUUUGUUUAUUUUGUGGUAAAAGAGAAGAUAAAGUAUGUCCUCGAUGUACGGAAAAAGUUUCACGAGUUGAGCAAACCGGGCUUGGCACAGUAUUUAUGUGUACUCAUGGAGGUACCAGGUAUGGUAAUGGUGGUUGUCGAAGAACUUAUCUUAGUCAGCGUGAUUUACAAGCUCAUAUAAAUCAUCGACAUGUAUCAGGCCCAACACAGCCUGUUCAAGGAAUCCAAGUUGAUUCAUCACAGUAUCUUCAUCCAAAAUCUGAUAUUGACACACAGCCGGGAAAGAUGUUAUCUACAUCAGUUCCAACAGUUCGAAUUAAGCAAGUAUCAUCUCAUAUGGUACAGCCUGCAAUAGGAAAUGAUCCGCGUGUAAAUUCCGUAAUAAAUCAAUCAUCACUUGAGCAUCGGCAGCAGCAUAGAUCACAACAGAUUAUGCCAAUGCAAAGCUAUCCUCAAAAUUCGACACCUUUGUCAAGUAAUCCCCCUAUGAGAACAAAUCUCAUAACCGUCCCUAUUCAAGAUACUACAAUUAUGGCACAUGAAUUACAUUCUCAACAAAAUCAUUAUUAUCCACCGCAGUCAUCACAAGUAAAUUAUGGGGUAUAUAAUGUACCUCCACCAGUUUCACAGGCGCAAAAUUAUUACCCUGCACAACAUUCUGGGCAAGUAUCUUACGCUAUUGCACAACCACAACAACAGUACAUAGUUUCGGGUCCCGCAUCUGUCCGUCCAUCUCCUAACGGUUACAUACAAGAUGCUCAGUAUGCUCCUCAACAGCAAAUUCCUCCACCGCAGUCUCAAUGGUCACAACAUCGUCAAUUUUAUAGAUAA